AAAGCCCAAGGCCCAUUAUGUCCAUCGCCAUCUAUAAAACCCACUCGUGGUCAUUUCAUUUCAUCUUUUCUUCGAUCUCUUCUCUCCGAUUCAUCAUCAACUUCCACACGGCACGUUGUAGAACAAUCCCAAACACCGCACUAAAACCCUAAAUCAGAUCGUAUCAAUGAUUGAACCCUACAACAAGCUUGUUAAACUAGCUGCAAGAGCUUUCUAUGACGAUCUUACUAGCAAAGGUGAUAAUCAACCCAAAACGGGAAGGAGUGAUAACAGAGGAAUUGCUGUAGUUGUUCUUGAUGCCCUCACCAGACGACAAUGGGUUAGAGAAGAAGAUUUGGCAAAGGACCUCAAAUUGCAUACAAAGCAACUUCGUCGAACUCUGCGGUUCUUUGAAGAAGAAAAGAUUAUCACUCGAGAUCAUAGGAGAGAAACAGCAAAAGGUGCAAAAAUAUAUAGCGCUGCUGUAGCUGCUACAGCUGAUGCUACAACAGGAAAGGAGGGAGAAGAAAAGGUCAAAUUACAUACACACUCUUACUGUUGUCUAGAUUAUGCACAGAUAUAUGAUGUGGUUAGAUACAGACUGCAUCGCAUGAAACAUAAGCUGAAAGAUGAACUGGAGAACAAAAACACUAUUCAGCAAUAUAUAUGUCCAAACUGUGGAAAAAGAUACACUGCUUUUGAUGCACCGCGGUUACUAUCUAGAAAUGGCGAGGACUUCGAUUGUGAAAGCUGUGACGGAAAACUUGACGUUGAAAGUGACAAGUUAGCUGCUCAAGAAGGGGGAGAUGGAGAUGGAGAUGAAAAUGCAAGAAGACGACGGCGUGAAAAGUUAAAGGACAUGCUUCAAAAAAUGGAGGUACAACUCAAGCCUUUAAUAGACCAACUCGGUCGGGUAAAAGACUUGCCUGUUCCAGAAUUUGGCAGUCUUCAAGCAUGGGAAGCUCGAGCUAGUGCAGCUGGGCGUGCAGCUAAUGGAGAUAAUGCUGGUGAUUCUAAAUCUCAUUUGGGAUAUAAUGGAGCACCGAUGCCAUACAGUGGAGAUACCAAGGUGGUAGUUGACUUCAAUGGUACUGAAGGCAAAGGAGAGGGUGUUAAAUCUGAAACUGACAGUACAUCUUUAAAGGUUUUGCCUCCAUGGAUGAUUACAUCAGGUAUGAAUCUUACGAAGGAACAACGUGGAGAGGUCAAGCAGGAAACAAAAAUGGACGGGACUUCAACUUCCACAGCAGCACAAUACACAGAUGAAAAAAAAUCAACAAUUGGGCAUGAUGAUAAAAAUAUACAGGAUGAGUAUAUUAAGGCUUAUUACGCUGCUUUACUUAAGAAGCAACACGAAUUGGAAGAAGCUGCAAAAAAUCCCCAAGAUGCGAACGCGGCAGAUGAUCCUUCUAGCAGUACUUCCAUUCGCAAAGUUGGCGAUAAAUAUAAACGCAAGGAAGAUGAUGAUGGUACUGAGUGGGAAGAAGCUCCUGCUAGAGGCAAUGGAAUUGGAGCUUACAAGGUGGAUUUGAAUGUUGAAGCUGAUGCUCCCGCAGAAGAUGACGAGGACGAUAUCGAUUGGGAGGAAGGUUGAUGAAAAAAAUCAAGGUCAUUCUGAAUGUAAUGGCUUAUUCUGAUUUGCAAAGACAAGUGGUAUAACUAUAAUACAACUUCAAAUUAUGGACCACCACACAAGACCGGAUUUAGCUGCUCAUUAUCUUAUUGCUUGCUUGUGCAUGUUGCUGGUGAUGCAUCCAUGGUUUGAGAAUAGGUGUACCGUUGACUUUUAAGUUAAUCACUAUUUUUUCAACUUUUCAUCAUAUAUUGGUUGACCAGACAACCCUAUUUUUGAAACUUUGCAUGUUAUGACUGGCCAAAGAAUAGUGUUCUACUGAUUCCAUUUUGUUAUGACCA